AACUGUGUCAACAUGUGUGUCAACACUUUCUGAAGAAUUUUCAGCAUAGUCUCUCUUCCUCUCACUUCGGCUUCAUCUGUCUUUCCUAGAUUAAUCUGAUGCUGUGUUAGUUUGUGCACCACUGCAACAUAUCCAUCCAUAAUUUGCACCAAAAGUGUUUUUGUUUUGUUUUCUAAACUAGAGCUGGACAGAUUCCGUGCUACUGUGAGUGUGCAGUGUUUGGGGUUUGUAUGUGAGGAAGCAGUGUGGUUGUCGGCUCAGAGGUGUUUGAGCUGAAACACUUCCUCGUCCGUUUCUACUGUCAUCUCACGACCUGCAGAGAACGUCAACGGCUCACAAUCCAGGCUGACUCCACAUUGUCUCAUAAUACUUUUUUCCCAGUUAAAUUAUUAUUGUGAAGUUUGUGUGUGACGUUAAGAAGAACUGGUGGGAUGUAAAAAUCUGAUAACUUUGAUUUUGGGUGUAGAGCAGAUCUUCCUCCCUUUUGAGUGAUGCCUCGUUCUUUCUUGGUGAAGCGAGGAGGGCUGCACCACCUAGGAAAAAAGACAGGGUCCUGGGAUACGUCCAUGGAGUACUCCACAUCAGAAACACCAGAUAAUGAUGCGGUACCCAUCGCAUUACUGCAGCCGGACCUUCCUGCUGACUGCCACUCUAAUGGAAGUGAUCACCUUCAGCCAUUCAGUCCCAAAUCUUAUGACUGUAGAUCUGCUGUGCCCUGCAUUCCUGUCAACCCAAAUACUUUAAGCCCUGUGGAGAAAGACGAGUCUCGGCCUCCCACACCAGCUGUUUGGUCCAGACCUCAUGUGAGCUCAGAAUAUCCAGUCAAACUGUCUGUGGGACUGGGAGAUUUGACUCAGCACCCUCACAUCCUGAGGGAGACCAGGAGCAGUGGCUGCUUGAAGAUCAGUGCUCCGAGUCAAGAGUGUCCACUCUGUAGCAAAGUAUUUUCAUGUUUGUCAAGUUUGAAGACUCACAUAUGCAAGAGUCACGGAAGCAGAGCACCAGCACACAAGUCCAACAGGACAGAGCGGUCAUCGUGCAGGGGCAAGGAGAGGACAUUUGGCUGUACAGUGUGUGGAAAAGUGUUCAAGCGCUCCUCCACCCUCACUACUCAUCUGCUCAUACAUUCAGACACCCGGCCCUACCCCUGCCAGUACUGUGGCAAAAGGUUCCACCAGAAGUCUGACAUGAAAAAACAUACCUUCAUACACACUGGCGAGAAGCCCCAUGUGUGUCAGAUAUGUGGGAAGGCAUUCAGCCAGAGCUCCAACCUCAUCACCCACAGCCGUAAACACAGGGACGACCGGCCCUACCGCUGUCCUCGCUGCCUCUACGGCUUCCAGCACAAAGUGGACCUUAGGCAGCACCAGGACCACCACUGCACCUACCGCUGACUCUGACACCGCCGAGUCAACAUCAUAGCCUUUUUUUUAUUUUUUUUUAAUAACCAGCGAUAACACAUUCAGGACAGAAAGCUACUGAGUGUGUUGACUACUUUUUCCCAGUAUGUGAAAUACAGUUUUUUUAUAUUUAUAUACAAGAAGUUCACUAUUAUUUGUUAACAUCAUGUUUACAGCAAGAAAAAGUAAUUGCCCCUUGUGGGAUUAAUAGUUGUUGAAUUGAAGUGA